UGGCGACUCAGGGGAAGGUCAGCGCGGGCAGGCGGGCGGGGCGCGCUCCUGUGGCUCGGACUCACAGGCCACCCCAUCCCCACCUGAAACUCCGGCUGUCACUCCGUGCCAGCUGAGCCUAUCGAUGUCCAACGUUCUUAUGAGGAGGCGGGCCUUAUGCAAAUCGUGUCGCCUUCGAGAAGCACAUAGUGAUACAAGAGCUGGGGAGGCGGCUCCGACGCGGACCUUACAGAGCCCGGCGUCCUCCUGCUAGCCAGCCUCGUCCCAGUGGCCGCCCAGGCUCGGAGCCAUCCAGCGAGUCAGCGAGCGGCCUCAGGCCCACCAUGGGGAAAAACAACAGCAAGCUGGCCCCGGAGGUGCUGGAAGACCUGGUCCAGAACACAGAGUUCAGCGAGCAGGAGCUAAAGCAGUGGUAUAAGGGGUUCCUGAAGGACUGUCCCAGCGGCAUCCUCAAUCUGGAGGAGUUUCAGCAGCUCUAUAUCAAGUUCUUCCCUUAUGGAGACGCCUCCAAGUUUGCACAGCAUGCAUUCCGCACCUUCGACAAGAAUGGCGAUGGCACCAUCGACUUCCGGGAGUUCAUCUGCGCCCUUUCUGUCACCUCCCGUGGCAGCUUCGAGCAGAAGCUCAACUGGGCCUUUGAGAUGUACGACCUGGACGGCGACGGGCGCAUCACACGCCUGGAGAUGCUGGAGAUCAUCGAGGCUAUCUAUAAAAUGGUGGGCACCGUGAUCAUGAUGCGGAUGAACCAGGAUGGGCUCACACCCCAGCAGCGUGUGGACAAGAUCUUCAAGAAGAUGGACCAGGAUAAGGAUGACCAGAUUACACUGGAGGAGUUCAAGGAGGCAGCCAAGAGCGACCCGUCUAUUGUGUUGCUGUUGCAGUGUGACAUGCAGAAGUAGAGGCUGGUGAGGGGCAGGGCCCCUGGCCAGGACAGGCAUGGCACCUGAUAUCCUCUCUGCUGGCCCAUCCCCAGGGGGAGGGGCAUUCCAGCCUCACUCUCUAGGUCACCCACUCUUCUGCCCAAGCCUUUCUCUCCUCAGUCAAGUUCUGUGAGGGACCACCUCAUCCUGCAAAAGAGAUGGGUCUCUCAAGUAGUCUGUCCUCAGAUAGUCUGUCUCUAGCUCCACCUCUAGUCUUGGCCUAGAACCAACAUCCUUUGGGCUUAGGAGAGUUGGCUUUUGACCCAAGAGGCGAGGUUAGGGAGGGGUUGAGGACUUGCUUCGAGAUCCUGCUGUUCCCAGGAUUCUGCUCUAAAUAAGCAGUGUGGUCCCACAGGCACCCAGUCAAAGGACCAAACUGGGUCUCUCCUCCCCAGAUUCCUUGAGAGGCGGUCUCUGCCCUGCCCCCUGACUCUACCUGGCUCCUCUGGCCCGGCCUUUGGAACGGUCCUUGAGUCCUUCUUCCUUCAGCUAAUGCUUGCUGAGUACUUGUUCAAUGCCAGGCACCUGAUGGUGCUAAGAAUAUGGUUGUUUACAAAAACACAUUCCAUGCCCUCUGGAAACUCACAGGGUAAUGAGACAACUUCCAGGGGUGGAGGUCUUAGACAGGGAUGUGGAAACAGCUGAGAUGAGGGUGCAAGGCAGCUGGCAGGUUGGGGGGACUGGUGUGUCCUCCAGCUAGCACCCCCAAAGCUGCAGAAAGACCGAAUGAAAAGCCCAUGGAAGUUUAGGUGCCACAUGGGUAGAAGUUAUAAGAAAAAAAGUUUAUGUAAUAUUUAUUUUUUUAGUGCCCUUUCAAAGAGCUAAGAUCAUUUUAUUAGACAAUUAAAAUAUACUCUACAUUACUUGGUUUCUUAUAAAAAUGAUUUAAAUGACUAUAUAAAUGCCAAUUUUCAAGGGGGGGAAAUGUUUAGGCAAAAGAAUGGGGCUACCACCAGACUUUGAGAACCUACACUCUCCCAUCAGCCAUCCUGCUGCUCCUGCUACUUCCUUUUAUUACCUUUUUAAUUCCACCACUGACUUUCUGUCGCACACUGUGGGUGCUGGCGUCAGAGAUGGAAACCCUGAGCCAGAGUGGUUCAUACCCCACAUCUCAGCGACUUGUUUCUGAGUUUGGCUUGGUUUCAGGGAGUGGCUUGUUCUUUCACAGCUUCAGGCAGAAGGAGCUAGAAGAGAAGGAUCUUCUGGCUUCUGGGCUGCGUUUAGGGACCAAAUGACUGGAAUGUGCUGGGCAUACGUACUCCACGUGAAAGGCCUUUUCUAACCCCUCCAACCUAGAUCUGCCAGGUAAACAAGUCCAUCGCCUUCCAAGCUCACCAGCUUUGCUUUCUGAACCUUAGGGUCUGUGAGCUAGCUGUCAUGCUGCACGCUUUCCAGAGAAACCCACCUUGCUUCUCCCAGCUCCUCACUUUACUUGUGAUCUGGAGUUAACUUUGAUGUGCGGUGACAGUUGACUUCCUCUUGAACCGCUGUGCAAACUGUCUCAGAUGAUCUCAGGCAGGGUGGGUGUAGAGAAUGCUUGUGAAGCCGGGGCGUGUGGUGGUGGAGAUUGCCCUGCAGCAAGGAUGCUCUCUGCCUGUCAGUUCUCAUCUCCUGCUGCUAGAAACUUUUGGAGAUUCUGACCUGCGCUCCAAACUUCUGUCAGACCUUCCUUCUUCUGGUGUUUGGAGGUUGCAAGACACCUUCUUUCUGUCCUGCCUAUCUGGGCCACGUGGGGAGGCUGAGGAAUUCAGAGCCUCAAGUGAUGCUAGCAGGUGUUUAUCUAGCGAGGCUUCAUGGGACUGUUCCAUAGCUCUCAUGAGCUGCCUGUUAAGUAUGUCUUGUGCUGUCAUCAGCACUACAGAUACAGAAAUGCUCAGCAGCCUGGCUCAGCUGGGACAUGAAUUUUCUAGUGAAAAGCUUUUCCUCCCCCACCCCCCAAACGUUGAAUCUAGCUGAACUCAUCACGACGAUGCAGAAGUCUUUGGUUUUCAAAGGCUUGUAUCUACUUGCAUCUCAUUUUGUCUUCCCAGCCCAGGAAGAAAGGGGUCUUCAGGACCUUUAUCCCAGUCUUGGAAGGAAGUCUCUUGGUAAGAGCAAGCAGUCAGGAGAUAACACAGUGCCGAGAUUUGAACACAAGACUCUCUAAAAGACUUCCUCUGCCCCAUUCAUUUCUAUGUCUGUUUGUCCAGAUGUUGAUUGCAGGACAAACUGACUUUUGUCUUUCAGAAGCUCCCUGCCAAGAAGUUUCUGAGGCUAUGUUCUUCCAAAAUGGAGGAGGAGCUUGAAGUCUCUCCAUUUCAAGCAUCCUCUUUUCCACUUCCGGGCAGCCUUACAUGGACCAGUACUGUUCUCGGAGGCUGCUAAGCAAAUCCUGGAAGCAUCUAACAUCAUCCUUCCCACUACCUUCCUUCCUGAGAGAAUUGCUUUGUCUUUCCAAGAUGAUAGGCAAAAUCUACCCAUGAGACUGAUCACUCUAGGCUUCUGGCUGCUUAUUCAUGGCAGUAUUUGCUACUUAGGUCAAGGGUUUUGGACAGCUCAACAGUCCUAAAACUGUCUCUGCCUUCUUACUGAUGGGAGGAGCCACAGGCAGGUUAGGGGUUGCUCCCACAUUCUCUUGGGUGUCUAGAGCACUGUAUGCCCAGGAGACUGGGUGGUAGAGCACCCAUCCAUGCCUGGAGAAGAGAGAUAGGUCUCCCAUGUUGGCUUCAACUUGGAAAGCACUUGCCAUGAAGCGCAAGGCUAGCAGAGAUCUGUGCAUGGCUUGCACAGACAUGAAAACAUAGGCAGUCAAAACAGUAAUCUAUCCAGGUUCUCCUUUGAAGUUCUGGAUCCUCUCACAGAAAUUCUGUGAAUCGCCAUGGUUCCAGAUUCAGCCUCCUCAAACCUGCUCUCCUCAUUCAUCCUUUCUGGCUAAGUGAUGCGCUCCUUAUUCUCGUCCCUGAAAAUCAUCAGCGUAGGCUGCUUCGCUCAGGUGCCACGCCAGUCUGUGCAGCCGCACAAUUACUAACUCCUUUUUAAAGUCAAGAAGAAAAUAAAAACAAGCUUGCUAGCAAAGACACUGAUUCUUCUCUGCCCUGGCAAGGGCAAAGCCUCAGAAGCAGAAAUCCAUUUGACACAAGAGGCCGUGGGAGCAAGGAAAGAGGAGAAAGUGAGCUGAUCUUCCUAGGCAGGGCAGUAAUGAGCUGACACUGUAAAUAGUUUUUACACAAAAAUUUAUUAAAGCAAAAGUUAUUUCCUGAAGAUCCACCCUGGGUGAGGCUUUGUGUUGACUUUAGAAAUCAGCAUGGGGUUAAGAAUACAUUUCUUACAUAGCUCCUUCAUUGUUCUUAAAGAAAGAAAUAAUUCAUGUGCUCAAUUUAAAAGUCUUAGAAAAACAUGAGAUUUGUUCUCUAGACUUUCCAGGGUUUUCUCUUCUUAGCUUUGUCAGAGUGUGGGGUCAGGGCAGGGCCUCCCAGGAUGCAUGGGUCUCUCUGCUUGGUGGAGGCUGGCCAGAUCCGGGGCCUUCUAAGCGACAGCAGUGAGGAAGCAGAACCCCAUCCCCUGCAGAUGUGCCGCUUAUAGCUGUGCCCACAGCAGCCAUCUUCAGUGACCAAUCCUGUGCCGUGUGGUGUGUUUCCCCCACUGACAAUGAAUAAAAGGUGUGACUGUG